AUCUCAUCCAAAAUCAACUGAAGCUGAUCAACAAAAUCCGACCCUCCAAGUCUCAUCUAGAGAACCUCUCAAAUUGGUUGCCCACUUGGCCCUAAGCGUAGAGGCCGGAGGCCCUAACCGACUAAUCCGAAGCAGAAUUUAGUUAGUCAAACAUUUCUUAAUAAAUUAACAUUUCCUAUCUUCCGCUAUUUCUUUUUUCUUCUUCUGGGUUCUUGAGUUUAAUAGCUUUGGGGAAAGUAUAAUGGACUCAGCGAUUCUGAAGGAGUGGUUCGACCGAGUUGACUCAGCUCAUACCGGCAACAUUACUGCACCACAACUAAAGAGUGCCCUUGCUGUUGGAAACCUUGAUCUCCCACUUUCUGUUGUUCAGCAAAUGAUCAGGAUGUAUGAUUUUGAUAGGAAUGGAACAAUGAGUUUUGAAGAAUUUGUUGCUCUCAAUCAAUUUCUUUUAAGGGUUCAACAAGCUUUUUCAGACUUUGAAAGGGGCCGUGGAUUUCUCGUCCGUGACGAGGUUUAUGAGGCACUAGUGAAACUUGGUUUCUCACUUGAUUCACCUGCCUUUUACACAGCAUGUGAGAGCUUUGAUGAAAAGAAAGAUGGGAAAUUUCGUUUGGAUGCUUUCAUAUCACUGAGCAUAUUUCUACAAUCUGCUCGCAAUCUUUUUAACUCCUUCGAUACAACAAAGCAAGGCAGAGUGACUCUUGAUCUGAACCAAUUUAUUUACUGCACUGCAAAUUGUAGAAUAUGAGAUUUCAGCCAUCCAACUCGGUCGUUUCAAUUUUUUAUUUGUACAUCAAUUCUGAGAUGGAGAUGAAGAUUUAGCUUUUAAGUGUUUUUAUUUUCUCCUUAUUUUUUAGUUUGUAUUCCUUUCUUGUUAAAUUAGGUUGGACUUAUUAUGAAUGCCAGCAUAUUAACGGAAAAACACGAGGUGCACAAACUUCAUAAGUCAAGGAGAUAUAUAUUAUCCCAAAACCAUAUGGCAAUGGGAAGGACUCUAAUAACUUAUAAAGUAUCUACACCAUGUUCAAUAUGUUGAUGUGGGAUAAAUCAUCCCAACAUUUCUCCUAGUGUAUUGUAUAUUGUAAAUGUCUACACCCUUGUCUCUUUUAACUUGUUACUAAUAGUGACAUAUUGCAAGAAGAAAUGUCACUUUUAGUAGCAAUAAAAAAGUUUGUACAUUUAUUCUUUGGAAUUCCAAGUAAUUAUUGUUUAAUAUUUGUUA